AUGGCUACGAGUAAAUCCAGUCACAAGGCAUUCGAGCAUGAGGAGAAUGUUGAUGAACCUAUUGGCGUUAAAAAUGGUGAAGGUAAUUUUGUUGUUGAUCUAUAUAUCGGAAUGGAGUUCUCUACUCAUGAUGAAGCUUAUAAUUUCUACAAUGCAUACGCCAGACUUAAGGGAUUUGAUGUUCGCAAGGGUCACACAACUUGGUCGAGAAAGAAAGAUGCAGUCAUAUCUAGAAUAUUUGUAUGUGACAUGGAAGGCUUUAAAUUUUUAAAAGAUAAAAGAGAAGAUGGUCGGAAUAUAAUUCGAAAGUUCGAUACAAGAUGUGGAUGCAAUGCAAGGAUGAUUAUUGGUCUCGAUAGAAGCACUAAAAAAUGGGUGGUCCGAAGUUUAAACAUUAAUCAUAAUGGUCAUCCAUUAACCACCCCAAAUCGAGUAAAGAAGCACUAG